AUGUCCCAGCAGGUGGAUGCUGGAAUAUUUCAGGCUGCGCUCCUGCAGGUUGCAGAGGCAACACAGAGGGCAGCUGAUGCUGCUCAGGCAGCUAGUGCAGCUGCGACAGCCAGUUCAGCGGCUGUUACAGCCACCUCGACAGUAGGUGGAUCGUCAGGGAGCAGCAGCAGUCGACCACAAGCUCAGGUUGAUUGGUCGAAGUUAGUGAACAAACCUGCAGUGUUUGACUUUCCGAAUCAGGAGCAGGACCAGAGACAUUUUCGUGACUGGUUGUGGCAACUUUCACAGUAUUUGAUUUGUGUCGACGAAGGUUUCAGCAAAGAAUUGACUCAAAUUACAGAUGAUCCUUCGAAGAUGUUGGAUGUUGAUUCAGCUUCCAUUGAUGUCAGACAGCGUUCAGCAAAGUUAUACGGUUUGCUUGCUGGUUUGGUGAAGAAUCGUGCACUCUCUAUAGUGCGGGCCGCACCUCCUGGGAAUGGCUAUGAAGCCUUGCGGCAACUAGUGUUGUCGAUGAGGCCUAACACCCAGGCCCGUGGCCUAUCCUUGCUGGCCAGUGUGACUGCAUGGCCAUCCUUCCAGAUGAGCAAACCCCUACAAGCUCAGCUUUUGAAGUUGGAGGAUGCAUACGAAGAGACUCGAAGAGCUGGCACUACGCUUGCAGACGAGCUGAAGUGUGCCAUUUUGCUACGUUGUUUGUCGGGAGCUUUGAAGACCCAUUUGAGUUUGAGUUUGAAGGAAAGUUUCUUCAUUGGCGACAUCUUCGAGGACACCUUCAGGCAACCGAAUGAGAUUGACCUCAUUGUCCCGAGCUUGGACCAAUUGGGUCAGGAAGAAUGUCCGGGCCCUAUGACUUAUCCAGAAGCGUUACAUUACUGCAGAUACUUUUUAUCCUUGCCAUGGAGGAAAUCCCCCAUCAAUACGGAAAGCACGGCACAACAUUACACGGUGCAUGGUUUGAAAAGCACGCUACUGUCCUUUGCCAACCAACUGCAACUGGCACCGGCGUUGAGACGCCUACAGGGGAAACACACGGAUCCCCUGCAGAGUACACGACUGUACUCCCGAGAUGAUGUCAAUGGAGCCUUGCAAUUGCAAGAUGAAAUCAUCGCAGCAGUUCAGAAAGGAGUGGAUCCAGCGAUGGCUAAUCAGCUGGUAGCUGACGGCUGGACACUAGCUACAUUUGCAUGUUGCGCUUUGGACAUGCCAGACUUUGACAAAUCAAUAGAUGAGAUGAUGGCUGGACGACAGGCCUUGUCCCUUUUGGAGAAAUCACAGUUGCGAGCUGCGUUCAAAGCAUGCUCCACUCAGGUACCCACAGAUCCUAAGGUACCACCAGGGGAUGCCGCAUCACACGCAAACAUAGCCACCUCGACCAGCUCAUGGAGCGAAUCGUUUGCACCUAAGUUGGAUAGCCAGGUCAUACAGCAGCUGAAACAGCAGUUUUUGAAGAAUUACCCAAGUGAAAUUCUGGAUGGAGCCACUAUGCCAUCCACCAGGCUCUUGUCGCUGGCUUACCAUCAAAUCCAGAAAAAUCAUUGGGCAUGGAUCCCAUGGAAAUACCGCAUGAGUGUGGAAAAAUCUGAAGAACUGCAAGCUCAAAGGUCUUCCAAACAACCAAAGAUGGAAGGAUUAGCAUUGCAUUCGCUGUUGCUGGAUGAGCCUCCGGCGCUGGAAGUCUCCAACUCAGGGAUGGGUUUGAAUGCCAUCCGGACUCUCAUGGAUUUACACAAUGUGGCUAUUGCAAUGUGUAAGGGUGCACACUUAGCCAAUCUCAAGCAGUACUCCCAUCGGUUUCUUCACUAUUUGACUCAGAAGGUGGACUCCGAGACAGGUUUGCGCACAGCAAAUGUGAUCGAAGCUCAAGCAGCUGACCGCCAGAUUUGGGGUAUCAUGGCCGAACUCCUGAAUGAUCGUGAUUGGAAUAUGGAUGAUGCACUUCAUGAAUUGACGCAUGUACGUCAGGAUUUGGCGGGAUUGCUCCAGCUCCGCCCCAAGAUGCCCAAGCCACAACCUUGGCCCUCAUCAUCUCCAUUCAGUUCGACAAGUUCUCAGAAAGGCAAAGGGAAGCAAACCCAACCCAAAGGAAACGGGAAACAAAAAGGGAAACCCCAAUGGGUGACUGAAACACGUAAUCCAGAUGGAUCCACAAAAGCUCUGUGCAUGCGCUUCCAACUCGGCAAAUGCAAGCUAUCGGACUGCAAAUUCAGUCACCAGUGUGCAUACCCGACAGCAGCGGGCCAUGCUUGCGGAGGAAGUCAUGGUGCAAUGGAGCACAAGCAAAUUCCUCACUGA